GGUUUAAUGUGAUGUGUUUAGUUUGAACAUGCUGUAUUAUGAAUUCUGUAGUUUGUGUCUUCCUACUAACAAUAAAUCAUGGAUCUACCACAUAUCAUAUGUCGGGUCUUUGUCCUUGUACCUUCCUGGUGCCAGGUUUUCAUAUCCCUUUCUUCUCUGCAUGCUUUGCUAUCGCUCAGUGUUCUGCAGAGGGAGGUCCAGGUCGGUGGGCGGGGUCCGGGCCACUUGGGACAUGCAGAUGAGGUGGGCGGGGCCCAACAUAUAUACCCUCUGCCAGCCUCUAGCGGGCGUGCCCAGCUUGGACAGACUGUCUGCGUCCGACUGCCGAACCUGCUUCCCUGAGCGCUGCGGAGCCUGGUCCGGGCUGGCCCCUCUGCUACCCCGGGAGCGGGCCAUGCCGCCGCGGGAGCUGAGCGAGGCCGAGCCACCGCCUCCCCCAGCCUCAACCCCUCCUCCGCGGCGGCGCAGCGCGCCUCCGGAGCUGGGCAUCAAAUGCGUGCUAGUGGGCGAUGGCGCGGUGGGCAAGAGCAGCCUCAUCGUCAGCUACACCUGCAAUGGGUACCCGGCGCGCUACCGGCCCACGGCACUGGACACCUUCUCCGUGCAAGUCCUGGUGGAUGGAGCCCCUGUGCGAAUCGAGCUCUGGGACACUGCAGGGCAGGAGGACUUUGACCGGCUUCGCUCCCUCUGCUACCCGGAUACUGAUGUCUUUCUGGCUUGCUUCAGCGUGGUGCAGCCCAGCUCCUUCCAAAACAUCACAGAAAAAUGGCUGCCGGAGAUCCGCACUCACAACCCCCAAGCACCUGUGUUGCUGGUGGGCACUCAGGCUGACCUGAGGGACGAUGUCAAUGUACUAAUUCAGCUGGACCAGGGAGGUCGGGAGGGUCCAGUACCCCAACCCCAAGCCCAGGGUCUGGCCGAGAAGAUCCGGGCCUGCUGCUACCUUGAGUGCUCAGCCUUGACGCAGAAGAACUUGAAGGAGGUGUUUGACUCGGCCAUUCUCAGUGCCAUUGAGCACAAAGCUCGCCUAGAGAAGAAACUGAACGCAAAAGGUGUGCGCACGCUCUCCCGCUGCCGCUGGAAGAAGUUCUUCUGCUUUGUUUGAGCAGUUAUAGCAGUGCAAGCGGUAGGCAGGCGGCCGGAGACUUCUGGACCCUGGGACAUGGGGUACUAGCAGGGCCUGGCCAGCUCCUGGGACUCAGUUCUCUAUUGAACGCAGGGGAUAUGGCCUCUAGCUGCACACGCUGGUAAGACAGGGGGAGCUCUGUCCUGUGCAAGGGGCUGGCUCUGAUUUGGAUUUCUUUGGUCAAGACUCACAGGAAAAUCCCAGCACUUGGAAUUUCAUGGGAUAAUCGCAUCAGUGUCAGUGUGUCUGAGCAGCUUGGGAUGUAAUUCCCAGUUUCUUACCGUGGGGCCACAGGUCAGCUCGGUUGAAUGCAGCCCAUUGUGGAUGGCCUCACCCUCUCCUAGCGCGGGUGUGAUAAAGCAGGGGAAACAGUGCGGCGUCUUGGAGGGUUGGAAGGUGGUCAGCCUUGAUCUGGAGCGGUUUGAGAUGGAGUAUGAAGAAGAGGCCAGUGAGAGAUUGAUUGAGACGGGAAACAGGAAGUGAGACUUGAUGUGGUGGACUGGAGGCAGAUGAGAGGACUGGGCUGGAGGGGGGAGGAGAGCAGGGUGGACAGCUGUGGGGAGGGCUGACACCUGGGCUGCCCUCAAGCCCCAAGGCCAGGGAGGCUGGGGCUGCUCCCUGGGAAGAACUGGGUCUCAGGGCUCCCUAGGCACUGCCCAAACUGGCUGGGCCAGCGGAGGGGCAGGAAGUGAGAGUCCAGGCCCAGCAAAGGGAGGGGGAGGAGCUGCGAAUGAGAGCCUGAGAGGAAGGGGUAGGGUCAUCCCUUUCCCCAAGGUCAUGGCUUGGAAGGUGAGCAAUGCAGUCUGCAAAUAAAACCUUGUGUUUCUGAA